AUGUUCGCUAAGAAGGAUUUACCGCUUUUACACCACGGUGGUUACGCAGCAACAAGCCCCACGGCGUCAUCCGUGUCGUCUUCCUACUCACGCGUGGCCUCCGAGGAGCUCAUCGUUCCCGCCCCCGACAGCGUUAACUCAGUCUAUUACGGGGUAGACGCCUUCUCGCCCACACUUGUUGACUUCUACACUUUGGACCAAAAGCGCAUCGUCUGGUCCUCGCGCGCGCAUCGCAAGAUGAUGACUACACUUCACCGCGCCUGGCACGGUAAGGCGUGGAAAAUGUACUCGCUGAGCUUUUGGGCCAGCCUGUUUGCCAUCGUGGCCUUCACGCUUUUUGUAACGGGCGCUAUGGGCGAGGCCAUGGCCCACAGUGUCCAUGGUCCUAACGCCUCUCUUGAGCCAGGAAUCCAAAUUCACUCGUCCGUUGACCUGCCGCUACUGCUUGCCGCUGUCUUCUUUCUUGCUUACCACGCAGUCACGUACCUGGAAGUCAUUAACUGCUGCCACAAUCUUGAAAUUUGGCUGGAAGAGUAUUUUCACGGUACAGAACCGGUGUUGGAGCGCCAAUACGUGGGUUUUUUCCCAAGUCGUAUCGAUUUCUGGACCGCGAUUUUGGGUAUGCUCGGAUCCAUGCUUUACGUCUUCGCACGCGCUUUCGUGUGGACAAGAUCCGACUUAGAAAAUUUUGGCAUCGUUGAUGUCAAGCGCGAUGAAUUGGGCCUAAUUGUGGGCUACUGGGUGCCUUUCUUCGCAGGGUCGUUUUUGCUGCUACUCAGCGCUUACCUGGCACAUGUAGAGGUCGUUCACCAAUGGUUUUCAUGCAGACUUACGACACUUGAGACCUGGGUCACUGGAUUGAACAUGAUGGCAAUGCUCGGAUUUUUUCUGUCGUCAACACUACAAUUUAUGGAUCCCUUCACCGUACUCUUUUCAUUUCACGCAUGUUUAGUGCCUUUUGCUACGGGUUGCCUGCUAGGACUGGGGUCGAGUGUGCUUAGCCUUGUUGAGCUUCAAAACAUUCACAAGCGCCACAAACACCCAGAAUAUAGUCUCUAUGAAUCGCCUGCAGGAUAUGGAACUUCAAGCUACGGGUCUUUUUUAAAGCAGCAAGUUUAA